UGAAGUAAUCUAGGUGAAGUAAUGAAUAUCGUAAACAGUUACGAAACAAAAUACACUCUUUUUUGUCUAUAUAUUCAAGAGUAGCUAGGCCACCACAUCUAACUACAUCUCCGCAACAAAUUUUCAAUAUCUGUGUUCCUGCAACAACAAUAAAAAGAGAGAUCGAGAUCGAUGGUGGUUGCCGGACCAGGUAGCGGUGGCGCCGGUGCUGGCCUUAUAAGGAGGGCGGACAUGAAAGGCCUGACACUCCAAGUCAUCACCGGGAGGUGGUUCGUGGUGUUUGCCUCGUUUCUGAUCAUGUCCACCGCAGGUGCCACCUACAUGUUCGGCCUCUACUCCAACGACAUCAAAUCCGUUCUGGCCUAUGAUCAAACCACCCUCAAUUUGCUCAGCUUCUUCAAGGACGUGGGCGGUAAUGUUGGCAUCCUCUCCGGCCUAAUCAACGAGGUCACACCCCCAUGGGUGGUCCUUUCAUUAGGUGCAGUCCUCAAUUUUUUCGGCUACUUCAUGAUUUGGCUUUCCGUGACCAAAAGAAUAGCGACGCCCAAGGUUUGGCACAUGUGUUUGUACAUUUGCAUAGGGGCAAACUCGCAGUCUUUUGCCAACACUGGCUCCCUUGUCCCCUGCGUUAGAAACUUCCCGGAAAGCCGUGGUGCUGUGUUGGGGAUUCUCAAGGGAUACGUGGGGCUCAGUGGCGCUAUUAUCAUCCAACUGUACCAUGCUAUCUAUGGGGAAGACACAAAGUCACUGAUUUUGCUAAUAGGAUGGCUUCCAGCUGCUAUAUCCAUUGCUUUUCUUCGAACCAUUCGGUACAUGAAAGUCACUCGGCAGCCGAACGAACUCAAAGUUUUCUACAAUUUCCUCUAUAUUUCACUCGGUCUUGCAGGGUUUUUGAUGAUCAUGAUUGUAGUACAGCAAAAGGUGACGUUCACGCAGAGUGAGUAUGGUGGGAGUGCCGCGACAGUGCUUAUCUUCCUCUUUCUCCCGCUUGCUGUAGUUAUUGUGGAAGAAUAUAAACUUUGGAAGAGCAAGGAGCUAGAAAUGAAUGAACCAGCGCAAUUGAAAAUAAUCACCGAGAAGCUGAAUCCAGAUGCAUCCCCAUCUGUACCUGCACGAUCAUCUAGUACCACAACAAAUUCACCACUUGCUGAUCAACCCAGCACAGAAAAGCAGGUUUCCUGUUGGAAAACUGUAUUCAGACCGCCGGACAGAGGAGAGGACUAUACCAUACUCCAAGCACUUUUUAGCAUUGACAUGUUAAUUCUAUUCAUGGCAGCAAUUUGUGGUGUUGGGGGAACGUUAACGGCCAUAGACAACUUGGGACAGAUUGGAACAUCAUAUGGAUAUCCAAAAAAAAGCAUAAGCACUUUCGUGUCGCUGGUAAGCAUCUGGAAUUAUCUUGGAAGAGUAGCCUCAGGAUUUGGCUCCGAAGUUGUUCUAAAGAAGUACAAAUUCCCUCGCCCCCUCAUGCUCACUCUGACCCUGGUAUUAUCAUGUGCCGGCCACCUUCUAAUCGCGUUUAACGUCGCAGACGGACUUUAUGUAGCGUCAAUCAUUAUUGGGUUUUGUUUUGGUGCACAAUGGCCAUUAAUUUUCGCAAUAAUCUCCGAACUUUUUGGCCUCAAAUACUACUCUACUUUGUACAAUUUUGGGGGGGCGGCCAGCCCUAUCGGACUGUAUCUGCUGAAUGUAAGAGUCACUGGGUAUUUGUAUGACAAGGAGGCUGAGAAGCAAAUGGCAGCAUUGGGACUCAAAAGGGUAGCUGGAAAGGAGUUAUUUUGCAUUGGGGUGGAGUGCUUCAAGUUGUCUUUCAUUAUAAUCACUGCGGUGACAUUGCUCGGAGCACUUGUUUCCCUCGUUUUGGUGCUUCGAACAAGGAAGUUCUAUAAAAGUGAUAUUUAUAAGAAGUUCAGAGAAGCGGCUGAGGCGGAGAUGGCGAUGACCAAGAAUGGUGCUGCUGGACAAUAGGAGGAGAUCUAAAAAAAGGUAGCUAGAAACUAUUAUUGAAGGCGAUUAACAAUAUUAUAUAUUGAGGGUUGCGUUCUAGAAAAAGAAGAUGCUGAUGAUUAAGGACAUAAAACGCAUUUAGGUGUGAUAGUCUAGUGGGAUUUGCUCUGAUUUUUCCUUAUUA